GGCCGCGUUAUAAACCUUUUUUUCCCCCGGCUCGCUGUUGGUGGCGGUUUUUUUCCCCCUUCCCCCGCUCACUCUCUGUCAAAAUAACGCCACAAAAUUUGAAUUAAAUUAAAAAUCCGCUGAAUUCUUCACGCCGCCAGCGUCUGCGCCGUCGGACGCCGCUCGUCCCCCGGAAUCCGCCGCCAUGAAUCCCUUGAGGCUGAUGGUGCUGCUGGUUCCAGCGCUGACCCUGAUGCACACACACAGCAGUGACGCUGUGGCGGUGAUGUCCGUGGAUCUGGGCUCUGCGUGGAUGAAGAUUGGGAUUGUGAAGCCUGGAGUUCCCAUGGAGAUAGUUCUGAACAAGGAGUCCAGGAGGAAGACUCCUCUCUGUGUCUACUUAAAGAACGGGGAGCGGCUCUUUGGAGAGAAUGCUCUAGCAAUGGUAAUGAAGAGUCCUGAGGCGGUGGUGCAGCAGGUGACUGAGCUGGUGGGCAAAGCGUUCAGGUCCAGCCUGGUCCAGCGUCACCGCCUGCACUACCCUCAGCUGAACGUCUCUCGCAGCGAGCUGACGGGCAGGCCGCUAAUCACCUUGCCAGGAGGCGAAGUGUUCACUCCAGAGGAGAUCUUGGCCAUGAUUCUGAACCACUCACGCUCACUCGCACAAGACUUUGCAGGGCAGGCGGUGACAGGAGCGGUGAUCUCCGUGCCUCCGUGGUGGGGACAGGCUGAGCGACGCUCCGUUUGGCUGUCUGCCAGCAUCUGUCGCCUGCCGCUCCUUCAGAUCAUGAACGCGAAUGUGGCUACAGCCAUCAACUAUGCAGUAUCACUCACAGCCUCGCUCAUCAAUAGUAGCGCUCACAAUGUGCUGUUCUACGACGCUGGAGCGAGUGGCUCCUCAGCCUCCAUCGUCACGUUCCAGACGGUGAAGACUCAGAAAGACACACAGCCUCACGUGACUGUGCGGGGAGUUGGCUAUGACCCCACGCUGGGUGGUAUGGAGAUGGACGUUCGCCUCCGCUCGCUGCUCUCACAGCGCUUCCUGGCAACGGCAACAGCCGGCGGCUCCGGUGGUGGUGCUGGUGGUGGUGGUGCUGGUGGUGGUGGUGAUGGUGGUGGUGCUGGUGAUGGUGGUGGUGAUGGUGGUGGUGGUGGUGCUGGUGGUGCGUUGGCGGUGAUGCUGGCAGGCAGCGCCCGUGCCCAGAGCAAGCUCCUCCGUGAGGCGGAGCGCCUCAAGGUGGUGUUGAGCGCCAAUGCCGAACACACAGCUCAGGUGGGAUCUCAUUCACUCACUCAUUCAC